AUGAAGCACGACAAAAGUCGACCACACGAAUCACUCAUUUGCGUUGGGUACAUCGCUAUCCAAGGUAUAGAUGUCUCCUACGCGGCAGGGGAUCCCCGAAACCAACGACUAGGCUAUUUGACUGCGGUCAGGACUCCUGCAAGUACCCCGACCGCGUCAUCAAACAUCAAACUCCAGACUAAUGUCCUCUUGGCAGUUAAAGUCUCGUGUGACAAUGUCUCGGGCACGAGGAUUGUGGACCGUAGCCUUGCCGAACAAGCAGCGCCGCCUGCUGCGGCUCAUGAGAACAUCGAACCUGAAUAUCCUGACGUCAUUGGCUGGAUGUUGGAUCCAUCAUGGAUCGAUACAGCCUCGCCGAACAACACGACAGAACCUUUGCAAAUACCAAUUACCACUCUAUGA